AUGACUCCCCUGUCCCACUCUGGCGCGAAGGCCAGAGGCAGCAGAAUCCUUACUCUGGGACACCUAGUCAGACUCCAGAGCGAAGAACUCUCCCCAGCCUCGCUUCACGUCGAACUCUCCACCCCAAGGCAACACCAGACCAUCCCAGGGGAAGUCGGCUUCCCACUGCAACGCAAAACUCCCCAGAAGGAAUCCCUGCCCACGACGUGCGCCCCUCGGCCCCUUCGGUUCCGAGGAGCCCGAACGAGGGUCUCUCCGCGUCCGGAGCCUCCCCAGGAGGUACCUGCUUCUCACCUUAGCCAGUCUCCUCGGGAGGGUGACCCCAGGACCUCCUUCAGUCAAGAUCCCCUAAAGGGGAACACCCUCUUCCAGGAACCGCUUUCAGGCGCCUCCAGCGCGGGCCUCGGAGGAGAGUGUGCCGGCUGCUUCCCAGGCUCUGACCAACGCCACCCUCUCCAAGACCCCUGCCCGGAGACGGCCACGGCCCCAGUCCAGUCUCUCCGACCCAGGCUUCAGCGGCUGUCCCCUUCCUUCACAGGCGUCGCUAGCCCUCAAGCUCCCUCCCCGGCCACGUCCCCAAGGGGCUUCCCAGAGCAGCGCGGUCGGGCUGUGGCACUGACUUGCACUAGCUCCUGGGCCCACCGGAGGGAGGGGACAGCGACAGCGGCGCGACUCCUUUGUGACAGGUCCAAGAGAGCGGUAAAGAUGGACGCGGGGACACGGCACUGCCAUUACGCGCAGGGGCCCACCCCCGCUUCACACCGCCCGGGCCCUCCCUCAGUCCCCUAGGAAACGCCCCUUCCUCAGUGGCAAGCCCUCUCUCUCAGACAGCCAAUCAUCAGUCAAGAUUUGUGUCACGUGAUCUCGCGGGUCGGCCCGCCAGCCUGGAAUGAACCAGCUAAUCCCCUUGCCGAAGGGCGAACGACCCAAUCAGAUCGCUCCAUACGGUCUUGGAGCACCGGAUUUCCACGAGGCGCUCGGGGAGGGAGAGAGCUGUUGAUUGGACUAUGCCGCCGGAAGCGGGGUGGAAAUGUGUUGUGGCUGUAAGGAACAGGAAGCCCCGAAGGGUCAAAAGGAAUACAAUAGCGAAGUGUGUUUUCUUCCUUUAAGCCGUCGUUCUUUUCUUGGUUUCUUUUCUAGUUUUUUAAGAGCGAGAGUGGCC